CGCAACGUAGAAGCGCCGCAUUCGAUCGAAAGGUCGACGGCGGCGCAAGUGAUCGUUCCCCUUUCCUUCCAAGCCACACAUCGAUGCUUUGUUUCCGUCUCAAGGGAUAUGCCGUCGAGAGAGACGGCGAAGGCUAUAGAUCCGAGGGUUUCCUCCGCCGCAAUGGCCAUCUCUCACAGACUAAAGCUCAGAAUAAUCUUGUCGGAAUAGGCUCUGUCGCUUCUUUCCUUCCGUUCAUCAGAUUGCAGCAUUGUCUUUGCCCCUUCUCGCUCAGGGUAACCGUAGUAGAUGAUGGCGCCUAUCGGCGUGAGCUUAGGAGUGAAAGAUGGACGGAUCAUGAUAGACAAUGGCAUUCUGCAACUGACCUUGUCAAAUCCUGGGGGACUUAUCACUGGAAUCAGAUACAAUGACAUUGAUAAUGUCUUAGAAGUUCACAACGAAGAACGGAACCGAGGAUAUUGGGAUUCGGUGUGGAAUGAACCUGGGGGUCCUGGCAUAUUCGAAGUAAUCGAAGGAACCCGGUUUCAAAUCAUAACCCAAGACGACAAUCAGGUUGAAGUGUCAUUUACAAGAAGGUGGGACACUUCACUGCAGGGCAAGUUUGUUCCUUUACACAUUGAUAAAAGGUUUGUCGUGCUUCGCGGCUGCUCAGGGUUCUACACAUAUGCAAUCUAUGAGCACCGAGAAGGAUGGCCUGACUUUGAUAUGGCUGAAACUAGGGUAGCCUUCAAGCUUAGGAAAGAUAAGUUUCAUUACAUGGCAAUAGCAGAUAACAGACAAAGGAUCAUGCCGAUGCCUGAAGAUCGCAUGCCUCCUAGGGGACGACAGUUAGCAUAUCAGGAGGCUGUUCUCCUACUUGACCCAACCAAUAAAGAUUUGAAAGGAGAGGUUGAUGACAAGUACCAAUAUUCUUGUGAAGACAAAGACAUAAGGGUCCAUGGAUGGAUAUGUUCUAAACCUCAUGUUGGAUUUUGGCAAAUCACACCUACCGAUGAGUUCCGAAUAGGAGGGCCUGUUAAGCAAGAACUAACAUCUCAUGUUGGCCCUACAACCCUUGCUAUGUUUAUGAGUGCUCAUUAUGCUGGAGAGAAUCUUGUGCCUAAGUUUAGGAAUGGUGAAUACUGGAAGAAGGUUUUUGGUCCUGUUUUCAUCUACCUUAAUUUUUCUACAGAUGAUGCAGAUCCACAAGUUCUUUGGGAGGAUGCAAAACUUCAGGCAGAGAUUGAAGUGGAGAGUUGGCCAUAUCAAUUUCCAGCUUCAGAGGAUUUCCAAAAAAGUGAGGAAAGAGGUUGUAUCACAGGGAGAUUACUCGUUUGCGAUAAGUUCAUGGAUGAAGACUAUAUGGAUGCAAAUUCUGCUUUUGUUGGUUUAGCAUUACCAGGGGAAGCUGGGUCCUGGCAAACAGAGUGCAAGGGAUAUCAAUUUUGGAGCAGAGCAGACGAAGCAGGCAAUUUCUCUAUUAAAAAUGUGAGAACGGGAGAGUAUAAUUUGUAUGGAUGGGUUCCUGGUUUUAUCGGAGAUUACAGAUCAGAAAUCACUAUACAUGUUAGUUCAGGUAGUCAGAUUAAUUUAGGUAAUCUUAUCUAUGAACCUCCAAGAGAUGGUCCUACAUUAUGGGAAAUAGGUAUUCCUGAUCGGUCUGCUGCUGAGUUCUUCGUUCCGGAUCCUAAACCUGAAUGGGUUAACAAACUCUAUGUCGAUCAUCCUGAUAGAUUUCGACAAUAUGGCUUAUGGGAAAGAUACACUGACCUAUAUCCUGACACUGAUCUGGUUUACACUGUUGGUGUUAGCGACUACAGCAAAGAUUGGUUCUUUGCGCAUGUUACUAGAAAGACUGAUGAUAAAGACAAUCAAUAUCAACCAACAACAUGGCAAAUAAAGUUUCAAAUCGACAACAUCGAUCAAAUGGGAACCUAUAAGCUUCGUGUGGCAAUUGCAUCUGCUAACUUCUCUGAGUUACAAAUUCGUUUCAAUGACUCGGAAACGAAUCCUCCGCACUUCACGACGAGGCUAAUUGGCAGAGACAAUGCGAUUGCCAGACAUGGAAUCCAUGGCUUGUAUUGGUUGUUCAAUGUGGAAGUGCAAAGCAUAUGGCUUGUUCAAGGGGAUAACACAAUCUAUUUAACUCAAUCGAGGUCUGGGAGUCCUUUUAGGGGAAUCAUGUAUGAUUAUAUUAGGAUGGAAGGUCCCCCUCCAACAAACACAACAAUGUAAAUUAAUAAGUGAUUAAGCCAUCUAAUUACUCCGAUUGAUGGUUCUUUGUGCCCCAUUAACUGAAUUGCCUUCUUUUACUUAGGACAUUUACAUGUAAUUUGUGUAUUUAAAAUAAAGAUUGCAAAUGU